AUGGAUGCGUUUGGUUCCCAGAAUAGUACGAGAGAGUCAUAUGCUCUUGACUAUACAAUUGAUGAAAUACCAGUGUUGUCGUAUAGAGGGAGCAGUCAAUUAGAGACUUACCACAAUGAAACAACUGAUCUUACUUCUACAACUUAUGAAGAAAACACAUUCAUAGAUUGGCCCAAGGAAUCCAUAAAAAUAUCAAGAAACCACUCAUUCUACCUAGCUAAUAAAUGGAUAGUGGUAACACUUGCAGCAAUUGUCUUGGGUUACAUUGCAGCAUUUAUUGACUUUAUCCAAGUAACUUUGAAUGAUUUAAAGAAAGGAAUUUGUCUAAGCAAAGAAGAUUCUUGGAGUUUGUUAAAUCCUUAUCUGUCUUGUCCUCUGGAUGACUGGUAUGAUUGGGAUAAUUUUUUAUUCAAAACAGAUAAUUUUAUUACUAAUAUGUUUGUGAACUAUCCUAUUUAUUGUAUAUUUGCCGUGGGGUUCUCAUUAACUGCAGCAUAUUUGACAUACAAUAGAGUUUAUUUGAUUAGACAAUCCGGUAUCCCUGAAAUCAAGUUAAUCAUUGCUGGAUUUAACCUAAAUAUUAAAGAAUAUCUCAGUGCAACAACAUUAUACUACAAAAUCAUAGCAUUGAUAUUUGUAGUUAGUUCUGGGUUGUGGUUAGGUAAAGAAGGUCCGUUAGUUCACGUAUCGUGUUGUAUCUUUAACAUCAUUUAUGAUCUUGCCACUAGUAAGGACAACAGUCGAAAUGAAGCCAUUCGAAGAGAAUUGAUUAGUGCUGCUACUGCCACAGGUAUUUCUGUUGCAUUUGACUCUCCAAUUGGUGGAGUAUUGUUUGUUUUGGAAAGUAUGCCGAGUUUUUUCAUGCCUACAAGGAUUAUGUGGAAUUCGUUUGUUUCUGCUACCAUAGCAGUUAUUGCUGUCAGUGGGUUUAAAGUUUUCACUGAUGGAAAGAAUUUCAACGAAAAGGAUUUGUUCCAAGUUAGUUUUGGUAAUUUUAGUUGGUUGUUUAUGGAGAUUAUUCCGUUUAUAUUGUUGGGAGUUUUAGGUGGAUUAUAUGGUCAUUAUUUUAUCAAGUUGAAUUCAAAAUUUUCCAGCAUCCAAUUUAGAAAGAAUGUUAGAAACUAUUUGAGUAAUUUAUUCAAAGUCGAUGCAAAAUAUGGACCUAUUUUGGAAAUCUUAAUUGUUGCAUUUAUCACAACUAUAUUAAAUUUCCCAUUAGAAAUUUCCAAACUUCCUUUGACUGCAUAUUUGAAUUUGUUGUUCAAAGACUGUCCAAAAGAUGCUACGCCGUCAUUAAACUCAACCAAUUUCAUGUGUUCUUCAUCAAAUGAUUUCACUUUAGUUAAAUUGUUGUAUAUUGUAACAGAAGGAUUCUUAUUAACUUCUUAUACAUUUGGUGUUGACUUGCCCGGAGGUAUUUUAAUGCCAAGUUUGGUUUUGGGUGCUACUACAGGUAGAUUUGUGGGUAUUUUAUCACAGAUUCUCCAACUGAAAUUCAACUGGGAAAGUUUAGCAACAUGUACUGAACAAUCAUGUGUUGUUUCCCCAAGUUCCUAUGCAGUUAUCGGAGCUGCUUCUUUCAUGACAGGUAUAACUAAAUUAACCAUGUGUGUUGUUGUUAUCAUGUUUGAAAUGACCGGUGCAGUUACAUAUGUCUUACCCAUUAUGUGUGGUGUUAUGACUUCCAAAUUUGUCAAUGAUUGGUUAUGUCCUAAUAAUAUAUAUGAUACUUGGUUACAGAAUAAUUUUAACCAGAAAGAUGAUGAUUACGAUUUGCAACAAUCUCAGAAUUUGGUUAAUCAUGGAAAAGGUACUGGGUUGAUAUCAUUCCUGAAUUCUACAAGUACUAUCAAGACUAAGUUACCUGACAUUUCUGUCAAAUCAUUGAUGGUGCCAUUAAAUCAAGUCAAGUGUCUUUGUUUAAUCCCAGAAAAUGGUGAUUACACAUUGCUGAAUUUAACUAGUUUUAUCAACGAUGACUGUCAUGAGGGGUACCCGAUGAUUAUAAACUACUCAAACCCUGUAUAUCUCGGAUAUGUUCCAAAAUUGCACCUUCUAUCGAAAUUAUCCAAUUUAGAUGAUUCAACUACUCCAAUUUCAUUCCAAGUUGAAAAUCUUCCUACAUCUGCAUUAUCCAUCCAACUACACUAUGAGCGUAAAUUGAAUGAUUUUAUUCAUUUAGAUAUAAUCCCAACACGAUCUCCAUUUAAAUUCAAUGAGGAUACACCAGGAUUAUUGAUUAUUGAAGCAUUUGAAAAACUUAACUUGAACAAGCUUGUGAUUUUCAAAGACGAUGGAAUUAUGUGUGGGUUCAUUGAUCGAUUUAUCUUGACAAACUUGGUCAAUGAUAAAUUCGAAGGGUUGGUUAAUGAGUUUAACGAUUUUGAAGCAAUUAAUGAAUAUGAUCUAGAGACAGGUUUACUGAAUGAGAUGUUGAGCACGGGUGAUUUGAGAAUUAAUAGAAAAUCAAUUGAAUUGAUUACAUAG